CGAGACACUGCUCAUGUGUGUCUCCCUCCUUCGAGAAGUGAGCCAUCUUUCAGUCUAUCUGGCGUUCAUUAGUACGCUCUCAGAAGAACCCCCGGUGACAUUCAGGAGUUUUUGACAUUUUCUUUUUUGCACUUGCGCUCAAUGUAGAGCCACUGUUAUUGGUCAUUUUCUGGGUGAUUGGAAAUAUUUUUGGUCGUCAGUGAACGACCCAGCAAGAUCUGGGAUCUGGCUGUGUUCUUGCUGUCAUCAUCAUAAUCUCUCUUUCCUUCUGUGGGAUUAUCAUGGCUAUGAGGCAGGACAGCCUGUGAAUAUCCACUGCUCUCUGCAGGCCCUUCUUUAUGUUUUUAUUCUGGCUUUGAUUUGGGAGGAUACCAGUAGCCAAAAUGCUGAACCAGAGUGCUGUGAUGAUCUUUACUGGGAUCUGUGGGGCAUUGGUUCUCAUGGCAAUGGCCUACUAUGUCUACUGGACAGUAAUAUUGGCCGACGGACCGUGUAAACGCGGCUUGUAAAAGGAUCCCACCGUGGUUGGUCGUAGUGUAUAGAGAGGAGCCUACUCCACCCUCCAGGCUCCUCAGCCAUGGCUCUUCUGGACUACCUGAAGAGCCUGUUUAUCCUGCAGUUGCUGAUGGGCUUUGUGUUUGUGGUGAGCGGCCUCAUCAUAAACUUCAUCCAGCUCUGCACCUGCAUCCUCUGGCCCAUCAACAAACAGCUCUACCGCAGAAUCAACUGCCGGCUCUCCUACUCACUCUGGAGUCAGCUGGUGAUGCUGCUGGAAUGGUGGUCAGGCACAGAUUGCACCCUAUACACCGAACAGGCUACGGUGGACAUGUUUGGCAAAGAGCAUGCCAUCAUCAUCCUCAACCACAACUUUGAAAUCGACUUCCUCUGUGGCUGGACCAUGUGUGAAAGAUAUGGCAUCUUAGGGAGUUCAAAAGUGCUGGCCAAACACGAGCUGCUGAAGGUUCCUCUGAUUGGCUGGACCUGGUACUUCCUAGAAAUAGUCUUCUGCAAAAGAAAGUGGGAGGAGGACAAACAUACUGUCUUCAAGGGACUGAGCAGACUCAAAGAUUAUCCUGAAUAUAUGUGGUUUCUUCUGUAUUGCGAGGGAACCCGUUUUACAGAGAAGAAACACCAAAUCAGUAUGGAGAUUGCAGAGAGCAAAGGUCUCCCCAAGCUCAAAUACCAUCUACUACCCCGAACCAAAGGAUUUACCACAACACUGCAGUGUCUUAAGGGCACAGUAACUGCUGUGUACGACGUGACUCUCAACUUCAAAGAUAACCAAACCCCCACUCUCCUGGGCAUUGUCAACGGCAAGCAAUACAAAUCUGACCUGAGUGUGAGACGGUUCCCUGUGGAGGAAAUACCAGAUGAUGAGAAGGAGUGUGCCAAUUGGCUGCACAAGCUCUACCAGGAGAAGGAUGCCUUACAGGAACACUACAGCAAGGAAGGCAAGUUCCCCGGACCCACAAUAAUCCCACCUCGUCGACUAUGGACGCUGCUGAACUUCCUGUUUUGGGCCACCCUGCUGCUGUCGCCCCUCAUCAAUUUUGCUUGUGGAGUGGUCGUCAGCGGUUCCCCCCUCCUCAUCAUUGGCUUCAUCUUAUUCCUCAUCAUAGCUUCCAUAGCUAUCCGACGCCUCAUCGGGGUUACGGAGGUGAAGAAAACAGGCUCCAGUUAUGGAAACCAGGAGGCCAAGAAACAAAACUAAAGUGCGUCACCCCCUUAACCCCAAACACCUCCCACCCCCCUCCUCCCGUGUACGGCCGUCUCUGUGUGGCCGUCCCGCGGUGUCUCACCCCUACCCAACUACUUUCUCCUCCUACCGUCGAGUCUGUUGGUAGGUCGCGGAGGAGAAAACAAAAUAGAGACCAGAGUUAGAAAUUUGAAUAGCACCUGAGUGAGAGAGAAAGAGCAUGGAAGGUCUGGGGGGGUGGGUCAAACUCUCUGGUGUAACACAAAACAAAAUGGAGGGGGAGACACAGCAUCGUACCCUGCUGCAUCUUUCUUAAUCCAGCUCGUCCCCAUCCCGGCCACAUUAAAAUCCUGUUUAACACCCAAGGUCGAGCUCCUAACCUGUCACAUGGACAGCCAGUCCGCCCAUCGUCUGCUCUUGCACUACCUACCUCCAAAUCCAGUCAUGGUCAUCAGCCAAACAGGGUGUUGGGGUGUGCUCAGAACACAGAACACAAAUGAAUCCACAUUUUUUCAUCUCAACCAUCCAGGGGCAGUGUGUCACUGCAACAUCUGUGACAUGCAGGAUGUCUCCCUUGGUUUUUUCACCGAGUGGAAGUGGGAACCAGUAACCUCGGGCCCAUCCUGGUCCCCCUAAAGGGUUGAUUCACCCAAAUCACAAAAUACAUACCCUAUUUCAACUUUCACAUAUCUAGCAAUGCAGAUAGUUCUGGUUUUUAUACAGGCAAAGUCUGCGAUUUCCACUAUCAUGCUGAAAAAUGGAGGUGACUAAAAGUAUGUUCAUGAUGUUCAAAUCGUUGUUGAAGUAUAUUUGACAAAGGUAAGAGCAGAACACUUUCUUGGAUAAUAAUUGAUAGUUUUCAUUGGAAACUAUGUUUUUAAAUGUAAAGAAAAGUGAAUUCAUUAUCUGAUUAUCCAAGUACUUUGGCAGAUAGUUUCUGUGAAGAGACAUUUCACUUGAGUUUUUCAAAUAUGAUUUGAUUUCAUUUAAGCACCGUUGGUCACAUUCAGUUUGCCUUUUUUUGUAUCAGGGCAGGAGCAGAAGACUCAGAGCAUGGAACUCAAAACUAUAUAAAUUCCACAUCAUCUCCAGGGCUGAAGUGGGAAAAAUAUCAAUUUUUUAUUUGAAUCUUGUGAUGUUGGUGAAUCAACCCGUUAACUUCCUGGUGUGAAAACCUACCAUCGGUUACAGUGGUCAUGUGCAGCCCGCAGCACCAACACCCACACAUUCAUUCACUCCUAUUUUCAUUUGAUUUACACAGACAGAAAUCUGCAUACAUGUUAUCAUUCAUCUUCUUAACAUGCUGUGAUCAGCUGUCCCUGAAAGCUUGCUCGUCAUUCACCCAGAAUUCCCAGUCUGAACACUGAGGCACUUCAACCUACUACUAGCACUCUGAUGCCUGUUAAAAUGCAGCUCACGCCGCUCUGGUUGAUGUGACUGAUCUGCUGCUGAGUGGCGGUUGAUUCCAGAGAAAGGUCACGGACUGUCUCCAUGAAGCCUCGCAGCUGUUAGCACAUUAUUUAGCUUUCCUGAUAUAGAACUGAUAUUUUAACCUUUGCCUUAAAUCAAGCUUGCUCAGGCGAGGGAUUUGCUUAUUUGCCGGCCCCUUUAAAACAGCACCCGCCUCUUCCCUCUGUUAUGUUUGAAAUACCAACCCUCUCUCCCUGCCAUUACCGCAGUGCAUGGGGGGGAAGUGCAUUCAUUUGGUUAAAAAAUGAAUGAAUAAUUGAGAACCACUGUUAGUCUUUUAAAGUGGAGAGUGAGGAAGGUGUUGGGUUUGUUUAAGGCUGCACUCCGUGUGCAACUUUGUUUCUCUGGAUAUCAGCACAGCGACACCUGGUCAUUGCUGCUGCACUUACAUUUCUACACAUUUUAGAAUCGCUCAUCCCAGAGUUGGUUGUUUUUAACUCUAACAUACAACAUGCGCUACAUUUCCUGGUCCUCAAAUUUAAACAAUGGUAGCAAAACACGAGGGGAUAUUCUGUGUCCUGCUCUCUCUCCUCCCCUCCGCCCUGCUGUGCCACAUGUAGUAUCUCGCAUUUCUCUUUUCAGUUUCUGUUUUUCCCCGUCACUCGUCAGCAGCGAUAUGUUGUGUCCUUUCUGUAGAGCUCUCUCAACCCAGACAGACUUCAUGCAAAGCCUUAAUAGACAGUGCUGCUUAGUUUUUUUUUGUGUGAAAAUGUAGAAGCUAACUGAGCCCCUGUUGUAGUGAAGGAUCAACAUGUGAAAAAUGUCCUCAGUAUAGUAAGCAAGUUUCUGGGAUUAGCUGUCAAGUGACUUGUUCUUAAGUUUUAAGAUAACGAAAUAACGAGAACUGAGAAUGGAUAAAGUAACGUUCGUAAUUUAACAACUUUUUUGUACACAAAGAUACUUGGAGUUGCUUUUACCUCAAAUUCUUGUGAAAAGCUUUAGGAUCUUAGCCAAUUUUUCUUUUUCUUUGAAGAAAUCUCCACAAAUGUGCAGCAUCAAAUGCAAAUGCACUUCAGUCCAUCCUGUCAUUCAAACUCAUUUUCAACAGCAGUUCAAACCAGUAGAAAAGUUUUUGCUUUGGAUGUUUUUUUUUUACAGUGCACUUAAAGUAUUUAGAGUCCUUCACUUUUUUAACUUGGCAGCUUUAUGCUAAAAUCAUUGAAAUGUUUCCACCAGGACAAGGACACAAAUUUUAGAAUUUUUUUUCCUGCAAAUUUAUUGAAAAAGAGAAACUGAAAUAUCACAUUGACAUAAAUUUUGCGGACACGUUUCUAUGUCACUUAAAUUUUGGCUCAGAUGUUUCUACAACUUGAAUUCACAUGCGGUAAACUCCACUGAUUUGGUCUCGCACAAACCAAGUUAUGAGGUCAAAGGAACUUCUCUGGGUGGAGGGAAAGCUGAGGAAGAUCCUGAGUGCUCAGGACCUCAGACUGUACCUUAGGUUUGUCUUCCUUCAGGACAAUGACCCCAAACUGACAGACGAGACGAAACAGGUGUGACUUAGGGACGAUUCUGUUAAUCUGCUUGAGAGAGACAUGCAGAGUUCUGACAUGAAGAUGUGUGGACAGACCUGAAAAUGGCCGUGCACUGACAGUCCCCAUCCAACCUGACAGAGAUGGAGAGGUGUGAAUAACCCAGAAGACUUGAGGCUCUGAUCGCUGCCAAAGAUGCAAUUGUAGGAACUACAACUUCUAAAUACUUUCUAAAUGUGAUAUUUCAGUUUUCCUUCUUUAAUACAUUUGCAAAACUUCCUUAACUCUGUUUUUCACUUUGUCAUUAUGGAAUAUUGAUUGUAGGGGGAUCUGAGGAAACAUGAUUUAAAUGUUUUUAGCUUCAAGCUGUAACAUAAUGUGAAAAAGUUGAAGGUGUCGAAUUGUGACGCUUUACUUUUCUUUUUUUCUUUUCUGAUUUUUCUCCUGGAAUCAAUUAACAUUAGAAAUUGACUAUGAUUUUUAAAUUCAAAGAUAUUUCUGUUAGUGGCUCCUCUUGUGGCAGUUUUUCUGUUUUCUAAGGCGGUUUUUAUGUUUUCUUCAAACAAAAACACUUAAACAUUAAAGGAUUUCAUCACUAAGCAACA